CCUCUGAAAACAAGCAGUGAGAGAAGCUGACGCAGUUUGCUGUAUUUUAAACAACAAUCAAAGGGAGUUAACAAGGAAGAACAUGGCAACAGCCAACAGUCUCCUCUCUGAAGAUCAGCUUCUGUGCUCCAUCUGUCUGGAUGUGUUCACUGAUCCAGUCACCAUACCAUGUGGACACAACUUCUGCAAGAGCUGCAUCACACAACACUGGACUGUCAAUGUCCACAUUCAGUGUCCCAUGUGUAAAGAGCCUCUUAGCAGAAGACCUGAACUUCGAGUCAACACUUUUAUAUCUGAGAUUGCAGGUCAGUUCAGACUGUCAGCUCAACAUGAAGCCAGCAGCAGCAGUUCAAUGCAUCAUGGAGACAAAGCAGGAGAAGUUCUGUGUGACGUCUGCACGGAAACCAAACUGAAGGCUGUGAAGUCCUGCCUGGUGUGUCUGACCUCCUACUGUGAGACUCACCUGGAGUCUCAUCAUGGAACACCAGGUCUAAAAAGACAUCAGCUGAUGGGUCCAGUGAAGAACCUGGAAGACAGACUGUGUAAGAAGCAUGACAGACCUCUGGAGCUGUUCUGUCAGACUGAUCAGGUGUGUGUUUGUCAUUUCUGCACUGAGUCAAAUCACUGGAGGCAUGCUACUAUUCCUCUGAUUGAAGAAUAUCAGCAACAGAAAGCUAAACUGCAGAAGACAGAGACUGAAAUACACCAGAUGAUCGAGGAGAGACGACUGAAGAUGGAUCAGAUCAGAGAGUCAGUGAAGCUCAGUAAGGAGGAGGCAGACAGAGAGACAGCAGCCAGUGUGCAGGUCUUCACUGCUCUGAUCCAGUCUGUAGAGAGAGGUCUGGCUCAGCUCACCCACAUGAUCGAAGAGAAGCAGAAAAGCACAGAGGAACAGGCUGAAGGCUUCAUCAAGGAGCUGGAAGAGGAAAUCUGUGAGCUGAUGAAGAGAAGCUCUGAGGUGGAGCAGCUUUCACACACUGAAGACCAGCUCCUCUUCCUCCAAAGCUUCCCGUCUCUGAACCCUGCUCCUCCCACCAAAGACUGGACUGAGGUCAGAGUUCACUCUUCAUAUGAGGUGACUGUGAGGAGAGCUGUGGCUCAGCUGGAGGAGACACUCAGGGAAGAGGCAAAGAAACUCUGUGCUGAAGUGGAGCUGAAGGGGUUCAGGAGGUUUGCAGUGGAUGUGACUCUGGAUCCUGACACAGCGAAUCCCUAUCUCAUCCUGUCUGAGGAUGGGAAACAAGUCAGUCAUGGAGACAUAAAACAGAAAAUUCCAGAUAGCCCAGAGAGAUUUUCCUAUUAUUCUGUUCUUGGAAAGCAGGGCUUCUCUUCAGGCAGGCUUUACUAUGAGGUUCAGGUUAAAGACAAGAUUGACUGGACUGUAGGAGUGGCCACAGAGUCCAUCAACAGGAAGGACUCCUUCAAAAUUAUCACUAAGAAACACCUCUGUGCUAUAUGUUUCAGAAGAGCAAAGUACCAGGUUGUUGCCUCUACAAACCAUAUCUCCCUGAAGUCAAAGCCUGAGAAGGUAGGGGUGUUUGUGAACUAUGAGGAGGGUCUGGUCUCCUUCUACGAUGUACAUACUGCAGCUCUCAUCUACUCCUUCACUGGCUGUAACUUCACAGAGAGAAUCUUCCCAUAUUUCAAUCCCCGUCACAAUGUUGAUGGUGAAAACUCCUCUCCCCUGAUCAUCUGUCCUGUCACUACACAGUAAGAACAUGGAAUCUUGGGUAACUCUGGGAACACAACCAACCAACUUCCACAGUAUGUUUUAUUAUUGUUUCUUCAUGUGUAUACAUUUUUCUAGAGUUUGCUGAUUUAGGUUUAUCCCAAACUGGAUAAACUGCACAUAAAUAUGUAUUUUUAAUCUUUUUUUUCUUAGUUGGAAAGUACUUUGACUCAACAUUUAGUGAUUUAAAUGCGCCAAUUAAAUAAUGGUGGCUUGACUUAACUUGAUGUGCUUUGCUAAAAAAAAAAAAAAAAAAAGGAGCAGCAGUGUGGAUGAUAAGUAACCCAUAAACCAAUACACAUACAUGUGCCAGUAAAAAAAAAAAUCUAUCAAUAAACAAAGGUAGGGACCAGUAUGUUUAAAUUCUGUAUCCCACCAUCAUCAGUGAAGAUAAUCCAGGAAGUUCUUUUGCUUUUCAUUCAGAAGAAAUACCUUUAAAAUUCUUUCUGGGAGUGCUGGAUUUAUGUUAGUGUUACUGUUUUUUUUUUGUUGUUGUUGUUUUUUACCUGAGAGGACAAAAAUUCAUGUCCUGUAAUCCUUUGUCACAGAUGCUAAAUUGUCUGUAUUGAAUAUUAUGAAUAGCAUGUGUGCAGAGCUGCAAAUUAUGUGUAUAUUUUAAGAGGAAAACUUACCGUGGUACUCCUUGUCAUACACUUUCAAUGGUAGACUAAAUUUACGAAAGAACUGUACAUAUAUAUAACUUUGAGGUACUUUCAUCAUUGAAAUUGCCUUUUGCACACUUCUGUUGUAGUCUUGUUUUGUUGCACAUUACUAUUUGCAUUAUGCCACACAGGAGGUUUUUACUUGACAUAUUACACUUAUUGUACAUUUUGCAUUUUAUAUUUUUUUAUUGUCUAUUUUUGCUUAUUUAUUGGUUUUUAUGGUGGUGGUAACUUUAUCUUUGUGCUGUAACAACCAAAUUUCCCCUUGGGGAUAAUCAAGUAUUUCUAUCUAUCUAGCUAUUUUCAUUUUAUGCUACUUCAUACCUGCACUUCCCUACAUUUUACAGUUAAAUAUUGUAUUUUCUAUUCCACUGCAUUUAUCUGACAGCUUGAAGAUUUUACACAGUGGACAAGAUAACAAGCUUUAAAAACACACUGAAAGAUUAAACCAGUGGUUUUGAACAUUUUGGCUUCUUCAAAAAAUCGGUGUGAAGUCAGCCUCACAUUUUAGAUGUCAACUUCAACAAACAGUGAUUUUUCCCUCUAAACUUUUCACACGAUUAAUUUCAAUAAAUGUUCCAAUGAUCAAAUGUCUCAUCAAAAAUGUAAGAUUCGAGAAAAGAAAUGAAGACAAUAUAAGAAAAUGUUUUUCUUCUUUCCUCUCACAUUAAUUCUGUGAUGAGCCCUCAAAUCUACCUUCUGUCCCUGUUUAUGAAGCUGAGCAUAAAGUAGUUCAAAGCUGCAGCAGCUACAACAGGAACAUGCUGCUGACACAUGAAUGCUUAAUAAUCUAAUGGUGUUAUAUAUAAUAAUGCAUCAGUCAAACCAGGGCUUUUAUUUUCUUACUUUAAAUACAAUUUACUACUGAUAUUUAUGUACUUUUUCUAAAGUAGUACUUUUCCUGAAGUGCAGGAUGUGAACACUUCUUUCACCGCUGUAUAAUUGAAGCUGUUGUUAUUUACUAGUUGUGGGAGUGGGGGAGUGGAUGUUCUCUCCUAUUAUGUUUAGAACUUCAGGAAUGAUGUUAUUUUCAGUGCUGCAUCCGUUUGAACAUCCGUCUAGAGUCUAGAGUUAAGGACACAGGUACAUAACUGUUUUUGUGGAGGUGGAGGUGUGUGUGCAGGUGUAGAAAAGAGACCUUUUUUUUGUUGACACUUGGAGCUUUUGUUGAAUGCAAUAAAGGUACUGGUGUGAGCCCUUUCACGUCACCAGGACGUCACAGUUUAAGUUCACGUUGCUGUGGAGUUAUUGGACCUUAACAUGAAGGCAGAAUGCCAGAGCCUGAAAGUUCUGAAUGUUAUUUAUUUUUUGUAUCAAUUUAAAGGAAAUUGAUGGGACAUUAAGCUAAACAUCUGCACUGGGACUGUCUAGAGACUCUAAAUUAAAAAGAUAUUAUGGGGGGGUGAGUAAAGAGAAAACUCAGGCAGAUGAAAAUGCAGUACUUUUAAGCUGUGCACUGACAAAAUAGUCAGUAAAAAUCGCUGAACUCAUGAUAAUAAAAUGUGUUGCAUACGUCA